AAUCCCGCGCCUCUCGGUUUAAUUUGCAUUUUAUGAAAGAGAGUAUCACACACGGUUUUUUGUGAUUAAAUAUUUAAUAUGCAUCCCUUAUAAAUUGCUUCAGACGUGUAAAACAUCAUUUGGUGGGAUUAUAUUUUUGGAUUUGUGAAGCAUGUGAAAGAGAAAUGAACAUGUCUGUUACGUCUACGUCAGAGUCGACACUGAAGGUGAUGUGUCAAAAAAGUCUUGGACUGGUGUAUGCCUUCAGCAUAUUCUCGUUAGUGGUCACCUCAGUAUUCCCUCAACCCGCUACAACUAUUCUAUGUGAAAGAAGAUGCGAGUCAUCUACUCCAAACCUAGCCCGCCUGAAGCUGCUGUGGCACAGGAUGUCAAAAAGAAUAGGAAAAGAUGAUAUGUCGUUUGCAGCAUUUAUUCAGUCCUUAAUUGCCGCUUCGGAGAGAUACAGCCGACUGGAACCUGUUGGAAAUUAUUUAAUAACGAUGAUUGACAGAUACCAGGAUUGCGUGAAAGCUUGUGAACAUCAACACAGUAAAAGGGCUGACGAAAGGGCCUCCGAUUCUUUUAUUAGAAAACAAUUUUGCAUUUCCCAUGGAUUUUGCUUAUGACAAGGAACAGUUUAUUACCCAGUGUCCAUUUCGGUGCAUCGAGAACUUCCGUAAAUCGAAAGCAGGAUUUAUCCAUUUUGUAGCCUACAAACUUAAAACUCAGAAUGGUAAAAGACAAGUUCUACUUUCACUUACCUCAAUCGGCAAAGUAGAAUUUACGCUAAGUGGACAAUAUUGCUAUCGGUGAUAUAUUAUCGUGUUUAUAAAAUACUGCAGUUCUAAAUGCAGAUUUAUUUCGAACUAACUUGAGGUUCAUCUUUAAAUAUCUUUUUUGCCUGUAUAUUUUGAAUGAAACUGUAUUAUGUGAAAAUAAAUCGUCAGCCUGUA